AAAGGGCAAUUGCAAGACAUGAAGUCCGAGAAAUCGAACAGCGACAUACAAUGGAUGGCCCUCGGCAAGACUCAACUUUAGAUGAAGAAGAAGAUAUAGUGAUCAUUUAUAACAGAGUUCCCAAAACUGCAAGCACCUCGUUUACCAAUAUCGCCUACGACUUGUGUGCAAAGAAUAAAUACCAUGUUCUUCACAUCAACACUACCAAAAAUAAUCCAGUGAUGUCACUACAAGAUCAGGUGCGCUUUGUAAAGAAUAUAACUUCCUGGAAAGAAAUGAAACCAGGGUUUUAUCAUGGACACAUUUCUUAUUUGGAUUUUGCAAAAUUUGGCGUGAAGAAGAAGCCAAUUUAUAUUAAUGUCAUAAGGGAUCCUAUUGAGAGGCUAGUUUCUUACUAUUACUUUCUGAGGUUUGGGGAUGAUUACAGACCAGGAUUAAGGAGACGAAAACAAGGAGACAAAAAGACCUUCGAUGAAUGUGUUGCUGAGGGCGGCUCAGACUGUGCUCCAGAGAAGCUCUGGCUUCAGAUUCCGUUCUUCUGUGGCCAUAGCUCAGAAUGCUGGAAUGUGGGAAGCAGGUGGGCUAUGGAUCAAGCUAAGUAUAACCUAAUUAACGAGUACUUUCUGGUGGGAGUUACUGAAGAGCUUGAAGACUUCAUCAUGUUACUGGAGGCAGCAUUGCCCCGGUUUUUCAGGGGUGCUACAGACCUUUACCGCACAGUAGGAAAGAAAUCUCACCUUAGGAAAACCACAGAGAAGAAACUCCCCACUAAACAAACCAUCGCAAAACUGCAGCAGUCUGACAUUUGGAAAAUGGAGAAUGAGUUCUAUGAAUUUGCACUCGAGCAGUUCCAGUUCAUUAGAGCCCAUGCUGUUCGAGAGAAAGAUGGAGAUCUGUACAUCCUUGCACAAAACUUUUUCUAUGAAAAGAUUUACCCCAAGUCGAACUGAGUACAGGUGUGGCUAAUGCAUUCUUGAAGUUGAACUUUGACUCUAUCCUCACCUUUGGUCUCAGCUUCUCAACCUGGAUUAACAGAUAUGUGUGUAAGACAGUUGUAUUGAGCUGAGUUAGGAAACAGACCGAUGUCAACCAACUAGAUACUGGCUGAUAUGUCAGUGUUGUAAGAAGUUUUUAAGUUUCAGGCAUUUUAAUUUUUUUGUUGUUCCUCUUUUUUUCAUUUUGGUGAUAGUUAUGAACUCCCUAGAAUGGGAAGUACUUUACAUCACCUAAAGUAAACACAUGGCAGGUUUGAUCAGAAGUCUACAUACAGUUUCAGAAAAGAUUCUGAUACUCUGGCUUUGAUAAAGCAUUUUUCCACCUAUCCUUGAAUGAAGACAAAUCCACUUGCCACUUCACUUUCUAGAGGUUUGCAUUGCACACCUCUGCUGAGUCUUGCUAAGAACUGUUUGGCAGUAUGAUUUGCUGUGAAUCAUGUCUCAUGAAGCUAUCAGAGUAUUUGAUGAUGUUUUCUCAGAACUGUUUCUGCUUCAGUUGGAAUUUCCCAUACUCACAUAGGUGGCUUUAAUUUUUUUUGAUGAUCACUAGUAUUAAAAAAUCAACUUAAACCAUGAAUAAUACUGUAAAAAGAUAAAAGUUAAAACAGUAUUCCUGAUUCCUAUCUCCCCAGCAUCUAAUAUUGGGGUGAUAUUUCUAAGAAUGUUGGCAUUAUCUGAGGUUUUAACAAGGACUUCCACACAUUAAUAGCAAAACAGUGAGUUUAGUACUUGUUUCUCUGUGGGUUAUUUGUAAAGCUGUACACUGAGAUACAGUGAUUCCAUAUCAUGACUCCAUUAGUGAGCUGUGAUAUGGGUAGGACUUUCCUACUUCUGUACUUUUACCUGUAGACUAUUUUUACUAUGGUGCUUUAUAAUGUGUUUUGAAGCAUUGCAUUUGCAAAAGGAAAAUGCUGUAAAUAUUGCGUAUUUUAUGUAUUUGGACCAAAAGGUUACACGCAAUUAGACAAAAGUGGUUUUGCUCCAAUUUCAUUAUGUCAAGUAAAGUCAUCAGACCUGCUGUUCCUUGUAUUUCUCAUUUAACUUUAUUGUUAAGACACCAAAAUGAACUAUGGUAGCCUUUCCAGUCUGGUAGAGUACAUUGUCCAUCGCUGGAGGCAGCAGCAGUGGAGAGAGUACCAGACAGGGGAGUCUCAGUUUUUCCUUUCUGGUUCUGAUUCUGCACAUUGUGCUAUGUGAUGUUUGGCAAGUUGCUUAACCUCUCUUUGCCUCAAUUUCCUCAUAUUCAGAUAGGAUAAUGACACCUGUUGUACCUACCUCACAGGGCUGUUGUGAGGACUAAAUAUGAUGGCGUGUGAUAGAAACACCUUGCGACUGUAAAGUGGUGUUUAAAUGUAUGAUAUUACCAUAGAAGCAGCUUUAACAUAGAGUUUCAUACCAUCCAUUUUUUAACAACAAAAAGGAAGUUCACUUUUAAGCUUUGUGAAAAAAAGGUUUAUCUUGAUAUAAAUUUGUGUUUGAUAAAUAUCUUCUCAGUGUUUUA